GUUUUUAUAUGGUCGGUGGACUGAAUGCGAUAGAAGGAGAACCUGAACUGUUCACCGGCUUUUAGAGGGUCUGAGGUUGAGAUAUGCAGAGCUACCCCGUCUCACUGGCGGCGCGUCAGAAGUGCAAAACACAAUUCGCGGCCACGCCAGACAGACACAAGUUGGUGCUGUUCUCGAGAUGUAUCAGGUCUCCACAUCUAGAUUUACAUCCGAGAGGUAGACUGUUCGGUCUCCAACUUCCUAAGUGAUUUAAAAAUUAUAUCAUCAUGUCAGCAACUCGAGCACGAAUGGUAGAGUCCUCGUUACGUAUUCGACAGUUGAAUUCUAGGUCCGAAGUCUCCCGAUCUUCUCGCGACAGGCACACAUCGUUUCACGGGGAAAUGGACGGGAGAGAAACGGCCGAAAGCCCCACGGGAACGGUACGCAGAAAAACUUUCUGUGUGGGAGAGAAUCGCAACAAAAGUCACCAGGCAUUCAGGAUCAACCACGGCAUCAAAGAACCCAGGAUAAUCGAAAGGAGGUAUCUGACUUCUCUCCUCGCGGCAAACACUCUUCUACAACGAGGCAGAGGAAAACUGCAUGCAUCAAAUUCACCACGGCGAACGUCCGUGGAAGAAGGACUUCAGAAACAAGUUGCCAGACUCUUUGUGGCCCGCGUAUCGCAGGGCGUUCUGUCAGAACUCAGAAGUCACAUUUCUUGCCGUCGCGUGGACACAGGACUUGUGUGA